AGGGUGAGGAACAGAUCCGGACUCGGAAUGGAAUGGUCAAUACUCAAUGAUCCAUUUUAAGAUACGUGGCUACGGGAAGAAGGCACGUGUAGUUAGGUUAUUGUCUUUCUUUUUCCAGAAGGUACGAUUCAGUUAGCAGAGAGCCGUUUAAUUACCCGGAUCGGGAUGAGUGUUUAAAUUGAAGAUUUGAAAGAGAAGUAGAAAAAGGCGAAAGAAAGAGAGGAAAGAAAAAACAGUUGAAGGCCAGUCAGUAAUGGAGGCCACUGGAGAAGAGAGUUUGCUGAAGGCGAUCCGACCACCACGGCUCGAGGAUGCAGGGUUGGAAGACUGUGCUCUCUCGGCUGAAGCAAUCAAAGAGGCUUUCCUCAGGGCGGCCAACUCCCUCCGAUCUGGGGCAUCUUCUAUCCUCACCGACAACCCCCGUGAAGACGAGGACCAAGAAGAUGACGACGACGUCUGUAUUCAAGACCCCGGGCCCAGCGGUGGUAUUCUCUCUGAUAAGUUGGUCGGAGUGUGGCCCGCCCCUGAACACCCGAGACCCUGUGGAAGCGGAAUCAACGAAGGCGGCGGUCUGCCUGAAGUGCUUGGCGAUGAGGCGGCUGUCGAUAUCACCGAUGCUAUGAACUCCGGGAAGGAUCUCGACGGGGACAGGGUGUUGGGAGCAGAGGUACCAGAGGGAGGAGGAAAAUCAUGUGUUGAUGGAUUGCAAGGGUUGAAGAUUGAAGAGAAGCCAGAUGAAGAUACGGCAGCGGGGAGAAAUGAAGAAGACCAAGGGAAAGAAGAUGAGCAACCCAUCUUAGUUGGAACCUACAUAUGAACUCACAAAUGUCGAUUCUGCCUUGUACUUUGGCUUCUUUCGGUUUGUUGGUUUCUAAUUCUGAUGUUGUAAACAUUUGCUGGAUGCUCAUUUCCCUUUUGGCAAUGUUUUUUCAAGAAAAUUUUUGCAA